UACACACUCUAAUAUACAGGUAGGAGCUAACCAUCCUAUUGAUUAGAACCACAGUUGGCACAUUUGACUACCUUUAAAUGAUUUAAGAUCCUGGUUAAGAAAAUAGACUGGACUCGUAUAUAAAAUCCUUACGAUAAAAUGUUUGAAUGCGAUUGCCUGUAAGCCUCCAGCUUUUGAUGUGAUAACCAGAAUAUCGUAGAGUAGUUUUUAAUUCUCCAUUGUAAUUCCUGUGAUGUUGUUGAUGCUUUCUUAUCUUUAAAUGAUAGCAUACCAUUAAAAGCUCUCCCAUUACAGGUGCCUGUCAAGUGCCCUGUAUAAACAAUUAUCAAGUGCCGAAAAGUUCAAGGAAGAGAAUGUUUUGAGGUGAUGUGGGAAGAGUUCUAUGGAGUUAAAAGCUCAGUAGUUUCCGCAGAUCUUGUAGAGAGUGCUUGUCCGGAAAAGAUCAAAGAGUUUGAUGAUAGAAGAGCUCUAAAGAAGAAAAACCAACGAAAAUCAAGAUCGAAGAAAUCAGGAAAAGAAUGUUCUGUGGCUGAAAUAGACCGGAAACUCCAAAAUCUGUUGCUUGACAUCGAGUUAGGGAGCAAAUCCAGUCCCAUGGCUUCAAGAGAAAUUAUAUAAGACAAAAUGACCACAGCAACUGAGAUUAAUUUCAUAAACCGAGACCCCCCUAUUAUUUUUGAUUCAGAAGGCAAUGCUGAUUCCAGAGCUGCGAUCUUAUGUUGGAAAACUGGUGCGAAUGUUCCAAAGCAUGAAGUUAUUGAUCUUUUGA